UUCAUCCUGCCUAGUGUAGCGUGGAGGCUGGAGGCGGGCAGGGGGGAUUAGACAUCUCUGAGAACAGCAGGGCACCCCAGUGUCUCAGACUUCCCUGGUUCCUGCGCCUGUGGACAGCUCCUGGGGGCCAAGGACUGAGGCUGCCUGAAAAGUUCCCAGUCACACCCUCCUGGACCCCAAGGACCGGAAAGUCCCCUUCUGAGCAGAGGUGGCGCCGGCAGCUUGGAUGUCCACGCAGAGCAUUCAUUACCUGAGGCCCGUGGCCCUGCACCUGCCACCUGGGAUCCCAGAGACCCCAAGCUGCCAGCGGCGCCACACGCUGCCCGCCAGCGAAUUUCGCUGCCUUACCCCAGAGGAUGCUGCCAGCGUAUUUGAGAUUGAGCGUGAAGCCUUCGUCUCUGUCUCUGGCAUGUGCCCCCUGCAUCUGGAUGAGAUCCGGAAGUUCCUGACCCUGUGUCCAGAGCUGUCCCUGGGCUGGUUCCAGGAGGGCCGCCUUGUAGCCUUCAUCAUCGGCUCACUUUGGGACGAGGAGAGACUGACCCGGGAGUCACUGACGCUGCACAGGCCCGGGGGCCACACAGCCCACCUGCACGUGUUGGCUGUGCACCGCACCUUCCGACAGCAGGGCAAGGGCUCCUGCCUGCUGUGGCGUUACCUCUACCACCUGGGUGGCCAGCCAGCCGUGCGCCGGGCCGUGCUCAUGUGCGAGGACGCUCUGGUGCCCUUCUAUGAGAGGUUUGGCUUCCACAGGGUGGGCCCGUGCGUUGUCACCUUGGGCCCGCUGGCCUUCACAGAGCUGCAGUGCUCCCUGCGGGGCCACGCCUCCAUGAGCAGGAACAGCUGCUGA